UUCAGAUGACUGCAAUACAUACAAUCGAUACAAAUCAUGAGGACAUGAUCCACGAUGCUCAGCUCGACUAUUACGGUACCACCCUUGCAACUGCUUCCUCUGAUGAGUCCAUCAAAAUAUUUGAUGUCCGCAACAAGAAACAAACUCUAGUAGCACAUUUGCGCGAGCAUCGGGGUCCUGUUUGGGGGCUCAGCUGGUCUCACCCUAUGUUCGGUGGCUUGUUAGCCUCAUGUGGAUAUGACCGAAAGGUGAUUAUUUGGCAGGAUCAAGGCGGUCGGUGGCAAAAAAUUCAUGAAUACACUGACCAUGCUAGCUCAGUAAAUUGUGUCAGUUGGGCGCCGCAUUCUUACGGACUCAUGUUGGCCUGUGCCAGUUCUGAUGGGACCAUUUCUAUCCUCACUUCCGAUGGCUCUAACAGCUGGCGAGCAGUCCGGAUCCCCGACGCUCAUGCAAUUGGCGUCAACAGUGUCUCGUGGGCACCAGCUAUCAAUGCGGAUUUCAUGCUUAGCCCACUCGCUUUGAAGUCAGUCAGCCCUCUCAUUAAGCGCUUCGUGUCUGCCGGAAGUGAUUCACUUAUCAAAAUAUGGUGUGAAGAUGCCUCGUCUGGCAACGCUGAAUGGGUUGAAGAAACUCGUUUGGAGGGCCAUUCCGACUGGGUCCGUGAUGUGGCUUGGGCACCCAGUCUCGAUGUGGGGCGCCAAAUGAUAGCAUCUUGUGGCCAGGAUGGUCGGGUAAUUGUUUGGACGUCUGUGAGCGCAGACGAACCUGGAGCGGUACGAUCAGGUGCUGUGAUUGACCCCAAAGAGUAUGCGCAUCGCCUGGGUGCUACGAGUUGGCGUCCAACAGUAUUGAACACUUAUCCGGAUGUGGUUUGGCAUGUCUCCUGGUCUAUCACAGGAAACAUAUUGGCCGUAUCUGGAGGUGGGAACAAGGUCACUCUAUGGAAGGAGACUUUGGAGGGCACAUGGUUGACGCUGAGUGAAAUCACCCGCAGCCAUGGUCCUGCCAGUUUGAUUGGAGCGGACGAGCCAAGCCAAACUUCGAACGUUUCUUUGCCUGCUGUGGCACCAAGCUGUUGACCAAUUGAUUACUUUGCCUUUCAGCUUAUGUCGUCUAUUUUGUUACUUGUCAACGAUCACUCGGUUUUGCUUUGUUGGCCCUACACACCGUUUCUCAUUGGCACCUGGCUCUGACGCUAAUCUGUGAAUUAACUGCGACUGUGUCGUCUA